GGAGGGGGCGGGUGCUUCUCCGCAGGGGAGUGGGGAAGGAGCUGGGCGGGUACGUGCGAGGCCUCGGAGCCUCUGACUCCCGAGGGCGCAUCUGGCCCCGGGCGCAGCGUGGGCGGGUGGGGGGGGUGGUCUCCUGGCCCCGGGGAAGCGAGGCGGGGCCCAGGUGGGUGGCGGGAGCCUCGGGUCGGUGACACUCGCCUGGCGAGAGUCGGGACGAAGACCUCGGGUGGGACUAGGAGGCUCCGGCCCGGGGCUCGGCUUUAGGCCGGAGUAGGGGGCGCGGCGCUGCGGCUCGAGCGUUCAGCAGGGGGCGCUGCUCCGGGCAUUGGACGGGGGUGGGGUGGGGUGGGGUGGGAGAGGGGGGGCCGCAGCUUGCAGCGAACACUUCCCCCAUUAUUAAACAUUAUGUUCAAAAGGCGCCGGGGGACUUCCCGAAGCCACGGAGCCCGCGCCGCCCGCCCGCCUGGCCCUCGGAGCCCAUGGACCUGAGCGCGGCCGCCGCGCUGUGCCUCUGGCUGCUGAGCGCCUGCCGCCCCCGCGACGGGCUAGAAGCGGCCGCCGUGCUGCGGGCGGCGGGGGCAGGGCCGGCCGAGAGUCCGGGGGGCGGCGGCGGCGGCGGGACAACCCUCGCCGCGGCUGCGGGCGCCUCCGCUGCCCUGGCCGCCGCGUCUCCCGGGCCCCGCGGUGCGCACCGCGCCACGGGCUCCGGCUUCAGGAACGGCUCGGUGGUGCCGCACCAGUUCAUGAUGUCGCUUUACAGGACCCUGGCCGGGAGGACUCCGGCGGGGCCAGUCGCCGCCUCCACCUCGGGAUCUGGCCGCGCAGACACAGUCACCGGUUUCGCGGACCAGGCGACCGCAGACGAAUCGGCAGCCGAGACGGGCCUGAACUUCCUGUUCGACGUGUCCAGCCUUCCCGACGCAGACGAGGUGUUGGGCGCGGAGCUGCGCGUACUGCGCCGCGAAUCCGAGGCGCGGGGCCCCGGCAGCGCGAGUCCCCCGUUGCUGCUGCUGUCCACGUGCCCCAGCGCCGCGCGCGCCCCGCGCCUGCUGCACUCCCGGGCCGCCGAGUCCCUGGACGCCGCGCGCUGGGAGGUGUUCGACGUGGCAGACGCUUUACGGCGCCACCGCCGGGAACCGCGCCCCAGCCGCGCGUUCUGCCUCUCGCUGCGCGGAGUGGUGGGCUCAGCGCGGGUCCCGCUGGCACUGCGGCUGCUGGGCUUCGGUUCGCGGCGCGGCGGCGGCGCGGCGGCGGAGGAGCGCGCGCUGCUGGUGGUCUCCUCCCGCACGCAGAGGAAGGAGAGCCUGUUCCGAGAGAUCCGCUCCCAGGCGCGCGCGCUCGGGGCCGCGCUGGCCGCGGAGCCGCCGCCAGAUCCGGGACCCGGCGUGGGCUCGCCGACCGCGGUCAUCGGCGGCCGCAGACGGCGGCGGACGGCGUUGGCCGCGGCGCGGGCCGCUCAGGGCAGCGGCGGGGGCGCGGUCCGGGGCCAUGGUCGCAGGGGCCGGAGCCGCUGUAGCCGCAAGCCCUUGCACGUGGACUUCAAGGAGCUGGGCUGGGACGACUGGAUCAUCGCGCCCCUGGACUACGAGGCAUACCACUGCGAGGGCGUGUGCGACUUCCCGCUGCGCUCGCACCUUGAGCCCACCAACCACGCCAUCAUUCAGACGCUGCUGAACUCCAUGGCCCCGGAUGCGGCGCCAGCCUCCUGCUGCGUGCCCGCGCGCCUCAGCCCGAUCAGCAUCCUCUACAUCGACGCCGCCAACAACGUGGUCUACAAGCAAUACGAGGACAUGGUGGUGGAGGCGUGCGGCUGCAGGUAGCAUGCGGGCCGGCUGGGCCAGGGCAGGGGGCAGCCGCGCCACCCAGGGACUCCCCGCUGAAAAGCAGCUUGGGGCCGAGCCUGUCGCCUAGCGGGGGUGCGCGUCCGAGUCUGACCCGGCGCCCUUGCGGAGGAGGGAGCGCGCACGUUCACAUACAGCACGCACAGCCGCACACUCCUCACUUGUGCACACGUGCACGGUGGACGUAUCGGAAGGCCUUGGGAAGAGAGGAUCUGACGCUACCGAAUGUCACAGGUCAUGUGUAUUUUGGAAACAGAUAACUAUUUUUGCGCCCACUGCCCCCUUUUGGGGAGAGGAGGGGUUUGCGUUGCCGUGACAGUAACUGGCACUAAAUCCAGUAGAACUGGGUUAGGGAAUUGGGGGCUUCAGAAUGGGGGAACUAACGGGAUACUCGAGUAAGUCUCAUUUCACCCCCUUUUUGUUUCUGGCCAAGUGUGGGGCACAGCCGGCUGGGAGGGAGGAGGCAGAGUUCCUGGUGUUGCUCCUGGGGCAGACAGUAAUGCCCUUUUUGAAAGUUUGUGUUGCAUCCGCAUCCACGUCAUUAACUCUGGAGAGGAACCGCUGCAAAAGGCCUCAUGUUUUCCCCUUAACUUCCGAAAGUCUAACAUUUACCAGUUUUGAAGGGGGAGUUUGUUGGAAAGACUGCAUUGUGGAGCUUCCCAGAUCUCUGCAAAGGUCAGCACCACUUUUUAAAAUUUUUUUAAGAAAUCAAUUCCAAUUGGGAAUGAUCUAGAAAGUGGAAAAAACAAUUUAGGAGGGGAUAGGUGAGACGGGGGAUCGGCUUUUAACUGCGGGUCUGAUCUGACUUGUCAUCGGGGUAAGGUGGUAUCUUCCAGGUCCUGCAGCUUCUAGGCUGGGUAGACCAGGUGAUCCUAGGGCCUUGGGGGGACACAGGAGGAAGCUGGUGCAAUGUCUGGGGAUUGGGAAAGGGGGUUGCUAUGACUUUCCCUAAAGACCUGCCAGGAGGUUUUUCUAAGGAGCUGGGAGGAGGCUUCUAGGGUUGGAAAGAGGCACAGAGGUGGGUGGGGUGGGCAGGCUCCUGCCAAGGACGGAGGACUGGGGCUUGUCUGCCAGGUAGGCACAGCCCCCUCCAGAUGGCACCCUCGGAGUGGCCCACAUGUGCUUGUGCUUAGCUAUCAAGUCUGUGUCGGCUUUUGCACGCUUUCACUGUGUUGUGCUGUAGUUUUUGGCAGUGUGAUAGUAACGGGAAGUGAAGCCACACAAAAGUGCUUUUGUGAGAUUUCAGCUCCCCACAGCCCAGUGGUUCGGAGCAGGAGGAAGGUCAGUCCCUCCCCUCCUUGCUCCGUGGAGGGGCAUCUGCAGUUUCGCUGCUGUGGUCCCUUCAGAAGGACCAUGGUGUGGGGGCCAGAGGUGGAAGACUAUCCCUGGUCUCUCUGUUUUGCCCCAAGAAGUCUUGCUGAGGGUACGAUUGUCUGUCUCUGUAAAAGGGAGGCAGAACACGCCAGCCUCAUUGUUUUAUUUGGUGCAUUUCUGCCUGGGGGCCCUCUGUGGCCUGUGUAAAUGAUUGGGAGAAGGAAGAGAAACAGGUUGGGUCUCACCUGCCUGGGGCUCCGAGGGCUUUCUUGAGAAACCCUGCAGCGCUCCUGGUCCUCCUGCUUAGGGCUGUGCUGGGCUUUCUCCUUUAGGGUCCCUGAGAGGCCUUCUUCGCUACUUUUCUUGUCUUGGAUGCUAAGAUCCAGGGCGAUUUAUACAAAUCUUCAUUCUCAGAGAUUACACUCUUAAAGAGAUAUUUGAAAGAUUUAGAUACAACUCAUUUAUUUAAGGGUCCCCACCUGAGUCCUUUUUAAUCUUUUAAAGUGCCCCCAAAGGAGGAGGAAGCACAUUUAUAAUGUGAAUUUAUAUGCUGUGGCUAUGUAAGUAGCUAUCCAUAACCAGAAAAUGCAAGUCUCUUCACGUUAAAACAAAAAUCCCAAAGCAGCUGCUGCAGUACACUUCCAGUCAAUUUCAGUGACAGGGCAAACAUCUAUGAAUUUUGCCAGAGAAGUGACACUCUCAUUUUAUAAACUGUGAUUUGAAUAGUAUUUGCAUAGUGAUUACUCUGAGACCUAUCACAAUGAAGAAUUUUUUUUUAAAGGGCUCCAAAGUAUUAAAAGUCGUACUAUUAGAAGUUUUAGAAAGGGAGCUGAAAAACUAUACCUAAAUAUUAUUUUGAAGAAAUUCUAGGAUAUUUAAUCUCUUUGGACAAAAGCAAACAUUUGAUACUUUGUUAAUGACUAGGAGAAACAAGUGGAGGGGAAGAAAUGUCUUGAUUUAGUCUGAGCUUUCUGUAACAGGAAAAAUAAAAGUCCAUUUUCUGUUUCCUCCUGUUGACCUGCUUCCACCAAGAUGUAUGUGAUGGAGGAAGUGGGUGUCUCCCUCAUCUUGAGUCCAAGCUGCACCCCAUGGUGGGGGGCAUUGUCUUUAGUCAGUGACAGUUCCUUUGAUGACCCCUGAUGCCCUCAGUGUGGUGUUUAUCAGACGAAAGGAAUGCCACCUAGAUUUCAUCUGGAGCUGCAGAAACUCACCAGGGACCACCAGGUUCCGUCUCGGGCCUCUGUAUCUCAGAGUUAAAAGGUGAACAGAGAGGUUGAUGUGUUUUGCUUUGUAAAAAAGACAGCAAACGGGCCAUCACACGUGGAGACAGACAGGUUUUUGCUGUGGAGAUGUGGUUAAAAUAGCUUUGUCAAGACGUGGACACGAGUGUUUUGCCUGCACGGUCAGUAGUACCUUGUGCUGUUGUCUGCCCUCCAGGCAGCGGGGAGCGGGCCCAAAUCAGCCAGCCGGUAUCUCCGGUCCCCACGGAAGGGAGAACGGGCUGCUGACAGUCAUGGACAGAGUGUCAGGACUGUGAGUGAAGGUGGCCCUCCUUUAGCCUGGGGUCCCCAAACUCUUCCUCUCAAAGGAGAUCCAACUUUCUAUAUUGCUGGGGGAGAAUUGAGAUCCUUCACACCAUUCUUCCUGCUAGAGAGGAGGGUUUGGCAUCACUGCCUGGGGCGCGCAGGGGUGGUACCAGGUCUGCCGGACACCCAGGCAGCCUGGUCACCGCCUCUUGAAGCCAGACUUGCAUAUUAAGGGUGACCCCAGCGCUGGCAAGUGGCUGUGCCCACCAAUGCUGCGUGCUUGUCUGGUUGAAUUCUGGGUUUCCAGGCAGCAGGACUGGGUCCUCUGGAGAGGGUGGCCGGCCUUGUCAGCUUAGCUUGGGGAAGCGGGCUUGAGCUGCGCCAUUCAUUCUGUACAUGCUCCCCUUCGCCCUGCUGUCCUGGCCAUUUUUGUUGCUGCCAUGGCAGGGGAGGGAGAAGACAGGUGGACUGUGUGAUCGGUGAGUCGCCCCAUCAAACCUUCUACAGGAACUUCUCCCUUGAUGGCUCUCGGAGGAGGUGUCAGCAGGAGCAGAAACCUCGCUCCUAUUUGUGCUCGAGAGAGACUGACUACCUUGUGGAUGUCAUCACAGUGUAACUCAAAUCCUACAAGUCAAUUAUCCUGUUUGCAGUCUCAUUCAAACUCAAAGCAGAAAAUAACCAGGGACUGUAGACUGAUCUUUUCCUUAAAGCAGAGACAAAAACUGAGUUCUUUCCAAGAGCAGCUUGUGCAAAGUCCAACUGUCCCCUUGCUUCAACGUGUGCUCUAGGGAAUCCAAUGAGAGGAUGAGAAAGCACUAUAGCCUCCUCUGGACCACACCUGCUAUCAGGGGCCUUAGGGAUUCUCGGGACACAGUGCUUCCUGCAGGUCCAGAAAGCAGGGCCAGCUCAGUGGGCCUUGGGCAGAGGACUUCUGGGGGACGCCAGGUGGGCUGGGCUGGGAGGUGCUGGAAAGCAGGGUCCGAGAGGGCCUAGGUCGGAUCGUGCUUUCAGAGAGGGACUGGACUGGGGAGCAAAGAGUCAUGGCUGAGUGACCGCAGGAGCUAGAGGGCAGCGAGGCGGGAAGUAGCUGGACCACUCCACGGGGCUGUGGGCGGUGCUGGAGGCCGGGCCCACCGUGGAAGUGCCCGCAGGAAGGCCACUCCACUGGGCGUCUCUGGAGAAGUCUGGCAAGUCAUGGGUGGUCACCUCCCUGCUCAGAGGGUCAGUAAAAUGAGAAGCGCUUGGGUCCCGUGGUUUAGAAUUGUCCUUCACCCCCAGAGCCCAUUCACGUCAUUCACAGGCAGAGCAGACGUGACUUCCUGGAGAAGGUUCCCUCCGAUCCAGCCCCAGAGCCACUGUCACAGGUGCUGUAGCAUUUUCCUCUGUGUGUGUGUGUGUGUGUGAGUGUGUCUGUUCAUUACACUCUUAGCCUCCAUUGGUGCUUCUUGGAUGUUGCUGUGGUAUCCUCGCGGGGCAAGGAAGGCCACGAGUCCUGGGGGUCGGGCUCAGCUCACUAGAGCCAUGACUCUUCUCCCCUCAUGUCCCAGCUGAGGGGCGCUAUCGGCCCCGCUGGAGUUCUGCCUGUGCCCCAGGGUGGGUAGAGCCACACUUGGCUGAGAUUUUUCUGUGACCCCGUCUUGGGCGGGGGCUCCCACGCUGCGGGUACGCCUCUGGGAGAAGAGGACAGAAAAGAUGGUGCCUUGCUGCAGCCCAGACAGGGGCCUGGGCUGUCGCGGAGUCCCUGGACGAGGCGGGCAAGCCCACCUGAGGGUGAACUGCUCCGCCAGGGCCCCACCUGGCCCUCAGCCACUUCGUUGCCAGGCCGGCGUGUGGCCCAGCUGCUGGGGGUGUGACCCAGGGGCAGACGCCUGGAAAGCUAUGCUUCCUCUUCGUUUUGAAGCCUUGGACACCAGUGGCAGAGCUGAACACUAAGGAACACGAGAAGGGAGGAGAAGAGAAAAAGAUGUUAUUUCUAACUUUUCAGACAGCUCCGCCUUUGGCUUCUGGAGCCUUCAGCCCUUUAUUGGAGCAGGCUUCUUCCUCCUCUUGUGCUGUCCUGGACUUUAAUCUGCACCCAGAGCUUAAAACUGCACAAACAGUUAACUCCCACUGAGGCUCUAGGUAAGAGAAGGCUGUUCCGUCUGGGAAGGCCACACUCCCAGUCUACAGCCAGCUGCGUGGAUGUGGAGAAGGUUGGAAGUCGGCCUGGUCCAUCAGUGGGGGUGAUUUUGGCCUCAUGGGCUCUGGUCCCUCAUUCAGGGCUGCUCUCUGCUUGUUCCAUUUGUGCUUCCAGAGCUCAGCUUCUUCCCCCCCGCCCUGCAAUUGCUUGCACCUUGUUGGCUGUGUGUGCAGCGGGCCUGGGGCUUGGUGGUGGGCAGCGUUGGGAGGUUGGGGCUUCGUGGCUGCAGCAGCGGCUGUAGCAGAGCCACCCGGGCCUCCCAGGGUAAAAUCAAAGCGUGUGAGGUCAUUGCAAAAUCAGUUUGCAUUUCAAGUCAUGCUUGUAGUUGUUGAAAAGUACAAACACGCCCCCAGAGAAUCACAGGCAGUGGGCGGUGGUAGGCUUUCUCUGCCUUGGCAGACCUUCCAGGGGCAGUCUGUAGGCCCCUGCUAGUAUCCUUUAGUAUCUAGUGUGUGUGCUGUGUUGGCAGAAGAAAGGACUAGCUUCCCUCUCUCACACACCCCUAUGGAGUAAGAGGGCUGGAGUGUUCACAGACCCUUCCCAAGAAGGUGUUUCUGCAGGCAGGUGAGUCUGUGGGCAGGACAGCUUGGCGUGCUACUUACUGUAUGAAGCACACUUUUCACUCUUUUUUUUGGCCUGGUGAACUUCCCUCUGUUUAGGGCAGCGCAGAAGCUUUUAAUCUUCCAAGUCAGUAUUGGGAUGUGAAAUAAAUUGUCUAGAAGAACAAGAAGAAGCUUUGCACAGCAAGUUCCAGGUGCCUUUAGGCCUGGAGGUUCAAGACCUUCCAGACGCAGUGAGGUGUUUUUGCUUUUCCAUUUCUUUUUCACUGGCUUUUAAGAUGUAGGCCAACAGGAGUGUGGUGUGGAGAUCUGGCCAGGUGGGUGUGGGCCAGUGGAGGUCUUCUUUGCAACCCGUUCUUUUCUUCUCUGUGCUUUUCCACCUGACCAGCAGUCACUGCAUCCAAAGGUGCGGGCAAAGUAUCUCUCUGUUCCCAGCCUUGACUCCGCUCAGACACUUGGCUGCCAGAAUCUAGAACCUCAGCCGGGCCUUCCUGGGCUGAGGUGUGCUUGUGGCGGACAGUGACAAGACUCUCACCCUAUGGGGUUUAUUCAUGGGAGUCCUGCUGAGUUAGAGGUCAGUACAAACCCAUCUCUGCCCUGGACGCACGCCCUUCCCUUGAGGCCGCUCCCUGGGCUGCAGGAUGGGGAAGAGCGAUCUCUGGCUGGAGGUUCGCUGCAGCCACACACAACCUGCCUGUUGUACAUUCUUUGUGAUAAGCCUGUUUUCUCUCACGCCUCUCAGCCCGGAGCGGCCCUCACCUAGAUUUUUCCGGGGGUGAGUGAAUCUGAAAAGCAGCGACAAGGUGUGUCGGAGGCCCUUCCUUGUCUGCAUGUUUAUCUCUGAGUGACUGAAGGCUUCCAAGGGCAGAAAAAGGUGCAUGUGUCCCCAUGGCUCAGGGCAGCAGGAACUUGGCUUGAGGGGAGCAGGCUGGCUUCAGGAAGGCUGCACCCAUUAGCAGGGUUUAUUUUCUUUGCAACUUAUAUUUCCGGGUCAGGACCUGUGAGAGUCAGAGCGAAGUCAGCCAUGCAGCACUCUUGUUUCGAAAGUGAUGAUACAGUUCAGGGAGAAAGCAUGCUCGUGAUAAAAUGUGUUUUCUGGCUGGGAAGUACUCAAGUUCCAAGCCAGGAACGGAGGCUCUGGAAAGGGGGAACGUCUCUGUCUUUCUCCACCUGGAGAGCAUCUUUAGAGUAAUGGUUUCAUUUUGUUUUUUGGCAUUUCACUUUAUGCUGUAGCGCGAAGAACUUUUAUGUUUUUUAUGAGGAAAAAUCAUCUUCGAGUCAGUUUAGGUCUUUUAGCUGCAAGUAUUUCACCCCACAUGGGAAGUUAAUUUCUUUUAACAAGAUUUCUGUAAUGAUUUUUUUACUUGCCUUCAAUAGAUGACAAUAGGAGAUUCUGAAAAGUUUGGAAAGCAUUUUCUUUCUUCUUCUUUUUUUUAAUAUAUAAAGAAGCAGCUCUUCUCACUGUGAAGGCUUCUGCAGAAGUCCGGCACCAGCUUCCCUGCGGUGCGUCUGCACAGGCGCUGGGCGGGCAGCGGCGUCUGAUGUGAUGGGCACCCUGCCCUUUGCCAAACAUGCCCUCCAGUGCCAAUAUGGUGAUUUUAAAGGAAAUGAGCAAAACUCGAAAUGAUGGCGAUGCCAUCAUAGCUGAAUGACAUGCUGUUCCGUCAGCAGCUAAAGACACAGUUAACGAUUUGGGGGGAUGGAUAGACGCCCCUUUUGUUUUGCAAUGACACUGUUUCUCAGCUAGGCUUGGGAGUGAGAUGGUGGAGCCAGGGGAGGUUUUUAGACUCAUUUAACACAAGCUGAAAUUUCCUUUGUCACCUGUCUUCUAGCUCUGGUUCGGCCUGAGGCUUGGGGGCUGGAACUUGGGCCAUUCAUCUCCCUGCUGCCCGGCUUGGCCAUCUGGGCGGCACGAGCUGACGUUGUGAAUGCCACCGCUGUGCCCAGGCUGGCUAGCAGGGAAGUCUUCAAGGGCAGGUACAAACCCACUGUGUAUAUGUAUUCUCAAAUUUAAAUAGACUGUACAUAUUGGAAUGUAAAUGAACUGUAAAACAGCAAUCUCUAUUUUUCUGGACAGUUAUAUAGCAGUAUAUAUUUGUUAAACGUGCUUGUGUACUCUUCAUUAACCGUCUUAAUAUUUUGUACAGAUAAGUUGAUUAAAUAUUUUAUUGUUAAAACUGCUCCUGUCUGGUCUUUAGAGAACCACUUUUUUGACUUGUUACCGUGUUUUCCCAUGUUGAGAAGAGCAGUCAACCUCUGAGAGUUUAGGAGCAGAUGCAUUGGAACCGGAGGUUCUGGGCCAAUGCGUCUUUAAGCUGACUGACUGCUCCCCCUUGAAACACCUCAGGCUGUGAGCCCAGGCAGGUGGGGGCUCGAGCCUUGGGGCUGCUGCUCCCUGGGUCUUUGUGACUGG